AUGCCACAACCACAAGAAACAGAGAUGCACGCACCCACAUGUGAGGCCCACUGCCGUCCCGUCCCGCCAAGUCAGCAGAGCCACCUGCUGCCCCACCCGUUGUGCCGGUCGUUCCCGUCCCUUCGGCUCCAGCUCCAGCUUCAGCUCCGCCCCCAGAAGGUUUCGUCUCCGUAUGCCCGCCACCACUCCGCUGCUCGGUCUGCUGCUACGAACCGUCGCCAAUGUCAACAUUGGGCAACUCAGAAGCGCCAGGCACGUCAGCUGGCGGCUUUGUCACUGGUGGAUUUGCAACUCGCGGCACCAUCUCAGCAGGAAGUGGCGUGGCGGCAUCAGUAA